AUGCCCCCACAGCCGGUUUCUACGUCGAUUGGUUCGGCAUGGCGUUCUUUCUGGCAUACCAUGACCUCCAAUGACCGUCAUGCCUCUCAUGACUCUCCUUAUCGAACCGGACGCCAUGUUCCUCUGAACUCAAGUCGCCACGACACACUUACCUCGGUGACCACCGCGGCAGAUUCUCGCCCGGAUCUUUCGUCCCCAUUCGAAGAUGAAGACUCCAAGGCCUCUUUGGGCUCCACGUCCAAUGGAUGGUCGGGCUCUCCUCGCGGCGUGGGCUCGCCAACCCGCCCUUACUCGCCCGGUAUCAGAUCUCUGACUUCGCAACGGAGAACGUCCAACGACCAAGGCGCCGACGGGUCUGGUUCUGGUGAAAUUCAGAUGCAAAGUUUCCACGAAGGCGCUCCGCCCCCUCCCCCAGUUUCUCACUCAUGGCAAAAGAUUGAUCGCUGGACGGAGAACAACUACGAAGAACUUUUCGAUCAGUUAUGCGAAGGCUGCACACAGAAUGAUGUCAAUGAGCUAGAACACGACUUGGAUUGCAGUUUACCUCUUGAAGUGCGUGAAUCCCUGCAGGUACAUGAUGGGCAAGAGCGAGGCGGUUUGCCAACCGGUGUGAUCUUCGGAUGUAUGCUUCUCGAUUGCGAGGAGAUCGUCCACGAAUGGAAGAACUGGCGGACAGUGUCUGAGGAGUUUUUCCAGAAUUCAGCCAUUCCUGCGCCACAGCCCCCCUCAAAGGCCUUUGGAGGCUCUUCCUCUGCCGGGCCUUCCCACCAAACCUCCAAUCCGUUGUGGCGACAGGAACUGCUAGAUCGCCAGGACUCCCAACCAUCUCGUGCUAUACAAAAGGUGUAUGCCCACCCCGCCUGGAUCCCUCUUGCCCGUGACUGGGGUGGAAACUGCAUUGCCGUUGACCUUGCUCCCGGCCCCGCUGGCAAAUGGGGCCAGGUUAUCAUUUUCGGUCGUGAUUAUGAUUGCAAAUACGUGGUGGCUCGAUCCUGGGCCGCAUUCUUGGCUGCCGUUGCUGACGAUUUCUCGAAUCCCAAUGUGUCUGUUGAGGAGGAAUCGGGCGAACUGAAGCUGAAACUGUUCAAGAAACAAAACGUGGAACCUCCUUAUUUGGAAAUUUUGCGGUGGAGGGUAGACCAGAGGUUUGGCCGACGGCCUCCACGACGAAAGGCUACCAACGGCCUGGGCGUUAAUACCAACGUUGACAAGUCCAGAGGCUCUCCUUAUGGUAGUCCAGGUCCGAGCGAGGAUCGCGGACGAUCUCCUCAUCGCUUCAAUAACCGGGGACCAACGCAAAGUCCCAAAACACAGUUUGGCGUGUCGAGCCCUCUGGCCAGGGUGACGGAGGAGGCUUCUAGUCCUAUAACUUCGGCUAACGACAAGGCCCCGGAGCCAAAGGCAAAGCAGCCAGUGAGAGUGUCUUCUGGUGAAGAUCUCAUGGAGAUGGCGACACCAAUCAUACCGAACAACCCCCAUGAAGUUCCCCUGAAAGACUCCACUAAGACCGUCGAGAAAGAAUCUCCGCAGGAGGUGCCCGUCUCUGAAAAGACAGGACAGCCAGGCUCUGACUCUACUGAGGCUGUGGUUCUCGAGACAGAGAAUCUUGACGAGAUGAAGACGGUAGCAAUCUAG